UCACCACGCAGCACCUGCUCUCCGUCAUCUCGCUGGCCAACACGCUCAUGAGCAUGACCAACGCCACCUUCAUCGGCGAGCACAUGAAGAAAGGGCCCAGCAGGCCACCGCGGCCGGGCACCCCCGAGAUGGGCAAGGUGAAGCCGCCCCCUCCCGUGGCCAGCCAUGCGGCGCAGGGGCAAAUCAAACAAGUUGCUCCUGCUGCUGCUUCCAGCACGGAAUCUGGGCACUCUGACACCUCUGCUUUCCAUUCCUGUUUCUUAGUCAACGAAGGCUGGAGCCAGCUGGCUGCCAUGCACUGCGUGAUGCUGCCCGACCUGCUGGGGCUCGAGAAGUUCCGGCCGCCCCUGCUGGAGAUGCUGGCGCGGAGGUGGCAGGAUCGCUGCCUGGAGCUGGCGUGCCCACAGAGGCCCUGCAGGGCACAGCUGCCACCACAGAGCCCACAGGGGCUGAGGCCAAGGCCCAGGAGGAGGAGCACGACCUGGCGGACGAUGACAUCGCUGCAGCAAGGGCGAGAUCCUGCGCGUCAUCGAGAUCCUCAUCGACAAGAUGCCCUCCGACGUGGUGGACCUGCUGGUGGAGGUGAUGGACAUCAUCAUGUACUGCCUGGAGGGGUCUUUGGUUAAGAAGAAGGGUCUACAGGAAUGUUUCCCAGCCAUCUGCAGGUUCUACAUGGUGAGUUACUACGAGCGCAGCCACCGCAUCGCCGUGGGCGCCCGUCACGGCUCCGUGGCGCUCUACGACAUCCGCACGGGCAAGUGCCAGACCAUCCACGGCCACAAGGGACCCAUCACUGCCGUGGCCUUCGCCCCCGACGGCCGCUACCUGGCCACCUACUCCAACUGCGACAGCCACCUCUGCUUCUGGCAGAAUGUCAGUGUUUACCGCAAAGGCUCGUGUUUACAUGGACGUGCUGCCCCGGAGCCAGGCAUUGGCGGCAACGGGGCUGCGAUGUGCUCAUCCCAAGGCUCCUUCCUCAGGGGAUUGCAAGUGCUGCUGUGCCCAGGCCGGAGGAAAAAUGGUAGUCCACGUGUAAAUAAAUAAUUUUAAAAUCCUGUUCAAUGGCAGGCUUGGAAAAAAAAGCAGUAUUUAUAUAGAAAGGUGGUUUUUGCCACCAGUGCAGGUAUUUAUUUAAAUAAAGGACAAAGGGGGCCAUUUUGAAUGGAAAAAUUAUCAAAAUUAUGGAAAAAAUGAAUUAUUGACUGGAUGUACUGAAAUAUUUCCUUCAGUAGGAAUAUUCCUGUGUGACACUCGCUGUGACUGUGUUUCCUUCUUACAUAUCUGAUUCUGUGGAAUAUUUUGUGUGAAAUUUUUCUGUUUACUGCUCAUGGGAAAGAGAAGAUAUCUCUGUAAUCCUUUUAUUUCAGUAUCUCUGUUUGUGCAGCUUUUCCUUGGCUGCAGAGCUCGCACCUGAGGCUGGCACUACCUGCUAAGCUAAACAUGGUACUUGUUCCCAAAAAUGCAGGAAUUCAUUUGUCACAUGGCUCCCAAAGAGGAAGCGAAUGCGUUUUAUUCCGCCUCGGGUGGUCGGUGUGGGAUUUGCAGCUCCAUAUCUGUGUGCUCGGAGCGGAGCAGGGCUAAGCCCAGCUGCUGUGCCAGGGCUGUGCCCGUCCCCGCUGCCAGCUUUGUGUGUCCUUGGCACUGCUUGGUCCCUGUGUGCGUGCAGCUGUCCCUGCAUGGGGGGAUGGAGAGCCCUGGGGCGGCCCCAGGGUCUGCUUCUCCACCCUCCCUGCCCUCCGUGCAUUGACAUUCCCGGUGGAAAUAUGCUCGUGGAAUAAAACCCGACUGAAACGUG